CGGCAAAAAAGUAGGUCGAGGUUUAACGAGAAUCCGCCAUCCGCCCUCCGUCCUAAAUCCCGUCAGUCCGCGUAGAUGCACCCGAUCGAUUGAUAUCAUCGACCUCCGACGGACCUACAUCGCCUCUUUCUCGUCCAGAGAACCUCUCCACUCAACCUCCAAGUUCCCUCAUAUACCAAAUAUUCGUCGAUAGCAUCAAUUGAGCAUCGAAGCGAUGCUGUCUUCCUCGAGAAGAGCAGCCACCUUGGCUUUGAGAGCCAAGCCGACACCCCGUACUCUCGUCCCUUUCCAAUCCAUCGCCAACAUCUCGACCACCUCCAAGAAUGAUGCCACGUCAGUGACGCCUCACAGCUCCACCGGCCUCGCGCAACGCCAGCGCAAAGAAGUGCCGCUUCUCAGCCAAGAACCCAAGAAGGGCGUCAUGCAAUAUGCCCUGACGACGCUCGACCAGAUCGCCAACUGGGCGCGACAGUCGUCGCUAUGGCCCAUGACGUUCGGGCUGGCGUGCUGCGCCAUCGAGAUGAUGCACCUGUCCACGCCGCGGUACGACCAAGACCGCCUGGGGAUCAUCUUCCGGGCGUCGCCGCGGCAGUCGGACGUGAUGAUCGUGGCGGGCACGCUGACGAACAAGAUGGCGCCGGCGCUGCGGCAGGUGUACGACCAGAUGCCGGACCCGCGCUGGGUCAUCAGCAUGGGCAGCUGCGCCAACGGCGGCGGCUACUACCACUACAGCUACAGCGUCGUCCGCGGCUGCGACCGCAUCGUCCCCGUCGACGUCUACGUCCCCGGAUGCCCGCCCACCAGCGAAGCCCUCAUGUACGGCAUCUUCCAGCUCCAGCGCAAGAUGCGGAACACCCGGAUCACGCGCAUGUGGUACAGGAGGUAGAGAAAGGGGCUGGACGAGGAGAAGGGGAAGGGGGGGAAGUGGGAAAAUAGAGAAGAGGGAACCUUUGGACUGGUCCGGUGCGGCGGAAGAUUACUCUUUCUCUCUUGCCGGGCGUAAUGAUGUAUAUAAGAUACCGGGGCUGCAUUUAAACAUACCUAUGAUUCACAACGAGAGUACUGUCUUAUGAGUAAUUGGGACCUGUCUGACUUGGCUCCUUUUAGGACUAUCAGAUGCUAUCUCCAGCUAGGAGCGUAAGGUAUUUGUCAUAUUUCGAUGCCUUUUCUUGGCAGAGGAGCAAGAGGCAGAUAUCGGAAUAUUAUCCGCAUUUGUUGACAUAUGCUUCCAAAACAGAGAGUAAAUCGAUGAAGAUACGAUUUAUCAAGAUAUUCGGCCUCAGUAGACUAAUUGCCGGGGUAUAUCCGGCCUAUUACCUCGUUAGGUUGACUAGGCCUGAGAUCUACAAC